CAGAAGAGUGGACGAUAACUGGGCAGAAGGCAUGCUGGGCGACAAGGUCGGGAUCUUCCCCCUCCUGUACGUGGAGCUCAAUGACUCUGCCAAGCUGCUCAUGGAGAUGGACAAGCCCUGCCCAGCUGCUGCGUCUGGUUGCGACACCUUGCCUUCUGUCCCCAGCGUGGUGGCCAGUGUGGCCCCAGCUCCUGCUGUAAGCAGCUCGGGGGCGGUCAGUGCCUUUCAGCGGCGUGUGGAUGGCAAGAAGAAUACCAAGAAACGCCACUCCUUCACUGCGCUUGGUGUGACACACAGGUCCUCGCAGGCUGCCAGCCACAGGCAUUCCAUGGAAAUCAGCGCCCCGGUUUUGAUCAGCUCCAGCGAUCCCCGUGCUGCGGCCAGGAUUGGGGACCUUGCUCAUGUGUCGUGUGCUGUUCCUGCCCAG